AUGAUCCAGGAGAGAUCGAAGCAAGGCACCAAAACUGCGAGGACCCGUCGGCUGCGCGGUGUGUCUGAGCUGACACCGGAUGCGGGAGUUCGGCUGGAGGACACAGAUGUCGAGCAAAAAACUGUGGAAAUCGUGCCCGAGAUAAUAGGAAGUCCCCGCCGGACCAUGGGACUGACGGAGCUGCUGCUCGGACUGCUGUGGUUCCGCUCUGCUCUGCUCUGUGCAACAGGCUGCAGUGAGCGGGUGGAGGUCCACACAGAGCGGAGGGGUGUGAUCUACAGCCCCUCCUGGCCUUUAAACUACCCCGCUGGAGUCAACUGCAGCUGGCAUAUCCAGGGGGGUCAGGGAGAGGUCAUUACCAUCAGUUUCCGUAACUUUGACUUGGCGGAGUCGGGAAGUUGUUCGGGAGACUGGCUCCUCCUGACUCCAGCGUGGAAUGGGGAAUCCAGGCUGUGCGGCUCCAUGCUGCCGCCACCAAUCAUUUCCACCAGGGGGCGUGUUUGGCUCUUCUUCCACUCUCAGGCCAACAGCUCCGGGCAGGCCCAGGGCUUCCGCCUCUCUUACAUUCGAGGUCACCUGGGUCAGAGCAGCUGUCAGUCAGAUGAGUUCCUGUGUGGGAAUGGGAAGUGUCUUCCUCGCUCCUGGAAGUGCAACGGUCAGGAUGAAUGCGGCGAUGCCACCGAUGAGCGCAGCUGCUCCCCCCCUCCCACCGAGGCCCAGCCUGGCCUCUGCCCCUUUGGCUCCCUGCCGUGCACCGAGGUCCAGUCCACCCGCUGUCUGCCUGCUUCCCUGCGCUGCAACGGGGCCCGGGACUGCCCCGAUGGAACUGACGAGCUGGGUUGCCCCGACACCACCUGUGGCAAACGUCUGGGGAACUUCUAUGGCUCCUUCGCUUCCCCUGAUUUUUUCCGGGCUAAUCGCAGCGCUCUGACAAAGCUGAGAUGUUCCUGGCUGCUGGACACCCAGGACCCCAAACCCAUCGUGCUGCAGCUGGACCUGCAGCUUGGGCCCGGAGAUUCUCUGCAUGUUUACGAUGGCCUGCUGCAGCAGGCGGAGCAUCUCUUACAGGUGUUGUCGUAUCAUAACAACAGACGCCUGGCGCUGCUGGAGUCGAGCCGAGGACAGAUGAGUGUAUUGUACAUGGCCCAGCCCCACAGCCCUGGACAUGGCUUCAACGCCACAUACCAGGUCAAAGGUUACUGUUUUCCUGGCGAGCAUCCCUGUGGCAGCGAUCAGGGAUGCUACUCCGAACGCCAGCGCUGCGAUGGCUACUGGCACUGCCCGUCUGGCCGCGAUGAGGAGGCCUGCCCGACCUGCCCACACGGGGAGUUUCCCUGUGAGGGUGGCACUGGAGUGUGCUACCCUGCCUCGGAGCGCUGCAACAACCAGAAGAGGUGCCCGGAUGGGUCGGACGAGAAGAACUGCUAUGACUGCCAACCUGGAAACUUCCACUGCGGGACUAACCUCUGUAUCUUUGAGACGUGGCGGUGUGACGGCCAGGAGGACUGCUUAGACGGGAGCGAUGAGAGGGACUGCCUGGCUGCAGUACCCAGGAAAGUCAUUACCGCCGCCCUGAUCGGCAGUCUGGUCUGUAGUCUGCUGCUGGUCAUUGCCCUCGGGUGUGCCCUCAAACUCCACUCCCUCAGGAGCAGAGAGUACAGAGCUUUUGAGACUCAGAUGACUCGCAUGGAGGCAGAGUUUGUUCAGAGAGAGGCUCCCCCGUCCUAUGGUCAGCUGAUCGCCCAGGGUCUCAUCCCUCCAGUGGACGAUUUCCCAGUAUACAACCCCACGCAGGCCUCCAUGUUACAGAACCUGCGGCUGGCGAUGCGCAGACAGAUCAGACGUCACUCAAUGCGGCGCUCAACCUCCUCCUCCUCUCGGCGGCGUCUCGGGCAUCUGUGGAGUCGCCUGUUCCACGGUGGAGGGAGAGCCAGAGGCCACGCCCCACUGCUGGAUCCCCCUGGAUCAACACAGAUCUCACUGGGGCUCCACAGAUACCGAACUGUGGGGGAGCAGGAGGCUCAGGCCAGGGCCAGAGAUCAGCUUGGGAAUGAGGUUGAUGUAGUGGGUAUGCCAGGCUACUGCUGCUCAGCCACCAUGGACCCGCAGCCUUGCACGCCAGAGAGCCCUGCCUCACCUCUCUCCUUCCAGUCAGUGGACAGUCCAGAGGAUGAGGAACCAUCCCCUGUCAGCAGCGAAGGGACCAGGGCUCCACAGUCUGAGCCUCCCACCGCCAGUCAGAGUGACUCUUCAGACCACAGUGUACAUCAUCCCAGCCAACAGGAAGCCUCUGUGCCCGUAUGCCACCCCCGGGCAUCUAGGAAACUAGUUCUGGAGCUUGCAGUUAACCUUAAAGGAGUUUCCUUGAAACGUUACUCCCCUCUAGGGCCCUUGUCCCCUGUCUCGCCCCCUGUGCUUCCAAGCAGCUCCCAGACACCAACAACCCAAUCUCACCCAUGGGAUCCAGUGGUGACUUCACCCACGGAGCCCUUGUAUUCUUCUGUGAAAGCAGAGGAUAGUGACAGUCACUCUCCUGUGGAAGUGCCAAGCAGGGACAGAAGAAGCAGGGAUGAGAGGAGGAGGGAGGGCAAGAGCAGGAUCUGCAGGUUCAGCAGGACCCAUAGUGAUGAGGGAGGAGAUUCAGGGAGGGAGACUAUGCCUUCUUGAAAAGUUUAGGAAGAUACUCUACAUCGUCUUGCUCUGUUGAGACCUAGUGUUGACAAUAUCUGAUCUGCUAAAGUGUCCUUGAAAUGUGUCCCCACCAGAUCCAGAGGUCAGACCUUAGGCCACCAUAUGGAGGAGGCACAGUAUCAGACCCAAUAAAAUAUAAUGAACUCAUGUCCAAUCAACACUUUGAAUGCUUAAAAAAUCUGCAUAUGCACAAAAUUAUGCAGAUGCAGCCUUUUCCUUAGAUUAAUAAAACCAGCGUUGGUAGUGCUCAAGGUCUGUGUUGUAAAUCUCUGUGCAGGACUCAUGUUGACGCCCACGAUUAAUUGCAAACAGACUUCCCUGUUUAACCUGUUUUGACAAAAAAAUUACCAAGAGCCUGUUGCAGAAAGUCACUCUCAAUUCUGGCCACCAGUACCAAUACAAUAUUGGCAACAUGUUCGCCAAAGCAGCCUUUGUGUUGUUACCCAGAGCCGUUAUACACCGCUAUAUACUGUGAACCGUAGAAGCCUAUUGAGUGAUCACAUAUGAAUUUAUCAAAUUAAUGAUCCUCUACUCCGUCUUAUUCCGACUUCAUUGUGUGAGGUGGUGUUAUAAUUAUUAUUGUAUGACAUUUCAAGACGGUCAUUGUUUGCUGUCACAUUAAAGGAUAAAGCUGGCAAUAUUUUAUAUUUUUCUUAUCGUCAACAACUUGUAUGAAAAUGCCAAAACCAAGGAUGCGUUUAUCCAUCUGUGAAUAUAUUUCGAAAACAACAGGGCGGUGUAGUCUUCAAGAAACCUAACUCAGACGGGAGUAAAUAGUGCAUUUGUUGGGGACUAUUUUGAGCCAUGGAUUAAUACACAUUUGGUGCAUUAGUGAGUAUUUGUGGCAGCAGG